GGGAAACAUAAGCGAGGAAAGAUCCCUCUUUGUCGUGCACUGGUGCGGCGUCGAACAGACACAUUGUGCGUGGGCAUUACAGCAAAGUCUACUAUUUACCACUCUUAGUGGGCAGUAAGACACCCAACGUUUCUCGAUUGAAUGUUUAGCCACAAAGCGUGUGGGUUCGUCGGAUUUAGCUGGAGAAAGGUCUCCAUUGUUGUAUCGAGGUAUGAGUCGAAGGGGCUUAGACUCGGUCAAGUACAUAGCCGCUAAAACCAGAAUUACUGCCAGGAUCAUCUUGCAUGAGCCCAUUGUGAAUAUCUGAAAAAAUACGUCAAGGUCGAUUAUCUCAAGCCUCGUUUUGAACUUACCUGGUAACGUUCUAAACAAGUGUGAAAUUACAUGUCGAGUAAGAAGAUGAUCCAUAAUAAAGCGAUUAUGUGCAAUUGAACCUUCACGGACAGAUAUACUUCUAGAAUAUCACAGAUCUUUGAGAAAGUGUGACUAACUAUGCCUCCCAAGAAGAAAAAAGAUGAUAAGCCCCCUCCCCAGGUGGGGCCUGGGAGUAAAAUAAGUGCCUUGCCCGAUCUGCUGAAGAAACACAUUAUAGUAGUGGAAGACUCAAGAGACAGACUCCUGAAGUUUUCAACCCAAAAACUGAAAGCCAUACCAACUGAAAUAUACAAAAAUGAAGAGGUCUGUGAACGUGCUGUUGAUCUUGACGCGCCAAAUAAUUUCAUUAAGAAGCUACCAGGUGCAAUAUCGGGACUGUCCGAAUUAAGACGACUGAACUUUAAGAACAAUGUAUUGACUCUAUUGCCAAGUUCUGUGUCAAAGAUGAAGCAACUGGUUUUCCUUGAUGCUUCAGAGAAUAACAUUCGGAUGCUGCCUACUACGAUUCACAAGGCAACAUCUUUGAAACAUCUUCAAGCCAACAACAACAGAAUCAAAUCCCUGCCGAGAAAUAUUGGAAAAUGUCCAAAACUGGCAUUCAUAAAUGUCUCACACAAUAACAUCAAAUCCCUAAAGAAAAACAUUUAUAACUUGACAGCUACAGUGGAUGUGUCUCAUAAUAAACUGACCACUCUACCAGAAGUGACUGUUACAAAAAAGCUACAAGCCAAUCUGAAUAAUCUGGAUGUUUCACAUAACAUGAUCGAAAUUCUGCCUGAAGGACUUGACAAACUCCUGUGUCUUCAGAGAUUCAACCUUUCCCAUAAUGAACUUGAGGAAUUACCCCCAUCUAUUGGCUCCCUCAAGUAUGUGAGCUUCUUGGAUAUAUCAAACAACCAUCUAGGUCAGCUCCCAAGUGAAAUCUGUAAUUUGGCCUUUGCUCUUCAGGAUUUCCACUGUAGCAACAAUGAGUUAAAGUCUCUCCCAGAAGAGCUCGCUAAUUUCAAGAAAUUAAACAUUCUUGAAGCGUCUGGCAACAAAAUCGCAACCUUGCCCCCUAAUUUUGAAUCAAUGAGGACAAUAACCCGUCUAGAUUUGUCAAAUAAUAACCUCUCUAAUGUAGAUGCUAUUGUUGGAUUGGUUAAGUGUGACUUCAUCGAUGUGUCUAACAAUAAAAUUGAAACCCUGCCAAAUCAAUUUGCAGAGUUGAAGGUUCUUACAGAGUUCAACUGUUCCCACAAUCUUCUGAAGGAUCUUCCAGAUGAGAUUGGACGAAUCCAAACCCUCAAAAGCUUAUAUGCAUCUAAUAACAGCAUACAUGCCCUCCCAAUUGGUCUUGGAGAUGAUCAACUGCUGAAGACUCUCAUAGUGUCAUACAACAAAAUCCUAGUUCUACAUGAAGACAUGAGGAAGCUUCGUGCUUUAGAAGUCCUGAAGGUUGACCAUAAUAAGAUGACCCAGAUGCCAAAAUCCUUUGAAUCAUCCCUCACAAUGCUCGAAGAGUUUGAUAUAUCUGGAAAUGAGGUGAUCAACCUUAAAUUGCCAACUUCAAUAAAAUCACUGAACAUUUCUGGGAACUGCAUUGACCUUCCUGCCAUGGAUCCAAAACAUUCUCUCCUUGUCACCCUUGGAGAUGACAAAUAUGGUCGUGUCCUGAAGGAGCUUGAUAUAUCGCACCUUGAAAUGGAUGAGCUACCCAAGUCAGUGUGUUCCCUGAGAUUGCUUACAAAGCUGAACAUAUCAAACAAUCAAAUUACAGGUCUCCCCAGCAAAAUAUGCCGCUUGAAAAUGUUGAUAUAUUUCGAUAUGUCGCACAAUCAAAUUGAGGAGCUCCCAGAUGCAUUUGGUGAAUCCAUGGGUGCAUUAAAGGUGUUCAAUGCUUCACAUAACAAAUUAUCCCAGUUCAAUGAGAGCCUCACUCAACUUCACAUGAUUGAGAAGUUGGAUCUAUCCCAUAAUAACUUCUCCCUGUUACCAGAAAACUUUGGACAGCUUCAUAAACUCACGUCUCUUAAUAUAUCAAACUGUGAGGUUCUCUGCUUGCCCAAUGAUAGAGUUGAUAUCCUUGCAUCCUUAUUGGAACUUGAUUUGUGCCAUAACCACAUAAAUGCCAUUCCCACAGAUUGGCCGUAUCUUUACAGAAUUGAGACUCUUAACCUAGCUUCAAACGACAUAUCGGAGCUGCCUAAAGAUAUAAUCAAAAUGAAAUCAUUGAAUCAUUUGGAUUUGCACGACAACAUCAUUGAGUCACUUCCUGAUACCAUGGUGAAGAUGAAUUGGUUAAAAUUCCUAGAUGUGAGUGACAAUAAAAUCACCAGAGCGAUCCCAAAAUGUAUCGAGGUUCUGAAGAGCAAAGGAUCAAAUAUCACAAUGUCGGAACAAUCUGGUUAUAAAUCACGAGAAGCUAGAGAAAGGCCAACAGAUAUCAAAGAGGAAUCGCCAAAGCCAAAAAAGAAAAGUCCGAAAGGAAAAAGGAAAUCAGCAACCAUGCAAACCAGCCCAACGCCAUCUAGAAAAAACAAAGUUGUUCCCACAGCUGCAAGCUGAGGAAAUGUAACAUAGUAUAUAGCCAUAUAUGGUUUAAAAAAUUCGCUUGUCGAAAUACAUGGCGAUUCUUCAAGUAAGCAUUGAGAUCACUUGGACGAAUUUCAAACAUGCUUUUCUUGGAAAACAAGAGUGUCAGUUGUCGAAGAGUGUCAGUAGUCACUCAUUCCAAAUGAAUGUGUGAGAAAUGAAAAUGAAGGAUACGCUGAAAUUCUGUGCAAAAGUAUUUAAAUCAGGAACAUAACAAUAUAAAUGCGCACACAGGGGACUCAAUUGAGUCAAAAUAUCACUGGACUUCAUUUUCUUUUCAAUUGAAAUAUAAACACCUGAGAAAAUAUUUUUGAAAAUUUUGUCAAGGCAAUUGCCUCCCCUCUUAUCCAGCUAUGCCUCUGACACAUGUACUCGUUUGUACUUACAUGAAUCCUUAUAGUAUUUCCCUUUGAGUAAAGGGUAAUAUUUUUCAUAUUGUUUCUGAAUUGAAAUUGCUUGCUUACAAGUAUCUUGUCAGUGAUCUCCCUAGCAUUAAAGCAAGUGGGAGCAGCACCCACCUGAGAUUUUAAAAAC